GCUUUGUAAACAUCUAGAUCUAGGCCUACAACACUUCUGACUAGAGUACAGUCUCUUGCGACAGCACACGUAACAUUAUUUUAGUGUUGGCGUUCUUUGUUUGCAAACAGAUCUGCCUGGCCAUGAAAAUAGACUUACACACACAUAUAUUGCCAGAGAACUGGCCUGAUUUAAAAGAGCGCUAUGGAUAUGGUGGCUGGGUUCAACUUCAUCACCACUGUGCGGGCAGGGCAAAAAUGAUGAAAGAUGGCAAACUCUUCAGAGAAAUUGAAGAAAACUGCUGGUCACCUGAAGCAAGAAUAAAGGAGAUGGAUGCCACUGGUGUUGACAUUCAGGUAUUGUCAACUGUUCCUGUAAUGUUUGGCUACUGGGCUGAGCCUAAGGAUACUCUUGAUCUUUGUGAAAUGUUGAAUAACCAUUUAGCCGAUGUUGUCAGGACAUGCCCUUCUCGUUUUGUGGGCUUAGGCACUAUCCCCAUGCAAGCCCCAGAAUUAGCUAUAAAAGAGUUGAUUCGUUGUAAAAAAGAGUUAGGGUUUCCUGGUGUCCAAAUUGGCUCACACAUUAAUAACUGGAAUCUUGAUGCACCAGAAUUACAGCAGGUUUUUGCAGCUGCUGAAGAACAUCAAGUUGUUAUUUUUGUCCAUCCUUGGGAUAUGGAGCAAGGUGGUCGCAUGCAGAAGUACUGGCUGCCAUGGCUUGUUGGAAUGCCUGCUGAGACAACUAUAGCGAUUUGCUCAAUGAUAUUUGGUGGAGUUCUAGAGAGAUUUCCUAAAUUAAAAGUCUGCUUUGCUCAUGGAGGCGGUGCAUUUCCUUUUACAAUAGGCAGGAUAGAACAUGGCUUUGAAAGCCGACCAGAUCUGUGUGCUGUUGAAAAUAAUGUAAAUCCAAGGAAAUACCUAGGUCAGAUAUACACAGACUCACUUGUGCAUGAUGAAGAAGCGCUAAGACUUCUAGUCACUGUAAUUGGUCAAAAUCGUGUAAUGCUUGGUAGUGACUACCCCUUCCCACUGGGUGAGCAGCAUCCUGGGAAACUUGUCGAGUCAAUGAAGGAUUUUUCACCUGAGUUAAAACACCAGCUUUUGGCAGGGAAUGCAAUGGAGUUUCUUGGCCUACAUCCUAGCCAAUACAAACCUAGUAUCGGAAAAGAAGUUGAAAUGGAAACGGAUGUCAAGUUGAGAGUUUCUUAACUUGUGAAGUACUGCUCUCCUCAAGUUUCAAAUUGCUGUUAAAAAUGUUAUGUUGUGUAAACAGAUGAAUUAAACCGAGUGCCCUAUUUACUUUUUUUCUGCACAUUUAUUAUAUGUUUAUAUUAUUAAUUAUAAAGUGUAUUUAACUUAAAAUUUAGGGUAACUGAUUGAUUUCAAUUUAUUUUUUAAGUAUUGAAGAUAACUUUUUGAGUGUUGUUAACAGUUGAAUUGGUAGUCAAUGUAAAUUAGGUUAAAUAUUAGUGAAGUCAUAUAAAUUGUAUUUAUAAAGAAACUUGAAAUAAGGUGAUGCGUUCAGUAUUAUUUAAAUCUCUAAAUGAAUUAGCCUAUGUAGUAUUUGAUUCAAUGUUCAAUUUUCUUAAGUUAUUUACAUAUAAUCAUGUGUUCUAAUAAAAGAUGCACAUCACACGGGUAUGGUAAGCAACUAAUAUGUUGUUGUAAAUGGCUGAUAGAAAAGUCAUUUCAUGUAUAGAUUAUUAUACUUAAUUAAACUUAAUGAGUGAAUUAAAUUUUCUUGAAAGGUUUAAAUUGCUGUAAAAAUUAUUUUCUAUUAAGUACUAUUUUAAAUAUUAAUAUUUUACAUGUCUACAGAUUCUGAAUUAAACAGUUUUCUUGUGAUAAUGUUUAAAAUGUAAAUGAUAAAAAUUACUUAAAUGGAAAUGUACUGAAGUAAAAGCUUAAGAUUAUGUUGUUUUGAUUUGUAAGACUAUUGUCUAUCACUCUUAUUUGUACAGCACCUUUUAAAAUGUAAA